AAAAAAUCCGGAAGUUCUCAUGGAAUUCAUAUCUCACCUCCUGAGACGAGGACAUGGGUCAAGUCGUAGCGUGCGGCCCCUCCUGCUUCGGUGUCUACACUGGGGAUGCGGUGGAAGUUGAGCGGAUUGAGGAUGGUCGUGCUGAACGACGCAUGCUCAUCAAGCAGAUUCCCUCUGGCGCAAGCAGCUCGCGCGAGUCAAAGGCCCGAAAGCCUGAGCCGGGGGACGAAGGUCAGUCGCGCUGUCCAAGACUCUGUCAGGUAUGCGCGAAUCCUCUGGUUUGGGGCUGUGGAGUCUGUGGAGCGCUGGCUGCUCUGCUGCUGGUAGUGGCACUCACUCCAGUCUCACUAUCGAUGGCGGCUGCGCCCCCAAGUUUUGACUGUCAGGCCGUGGGUCUGAAGUUGGCCAUGCUGAAACAGUUCGGAAAGAACCGGGGCAGCAUCAAGGCUGGCAUGGACGUCUGGGAGGUCGGGUGGUCUCCCGAGAAGAUGGACUUUUGUUGCAAACAUCAUGGCGUCGGCUGCUUCCACUGUGACGGGAAUGAACUGACCUGGACGGUGGAGCAGCAGAGGUGGUGCUGCGAGAUGAAGGGCAAGGGUGGCGACUGUCGCCUAAAGCCUCCCUACGACUGCCGCAAGGAUAUACGGCCUGUGAAGGAUUGGCCACCAACGAAGAAGAAUUGGUGCUGUGCCAAGCACGGCCUCGGUUGCGGCCACCAGGAUCACCAGGACGAGGUGGAAAGCACUGCUGGGGGCCUCUUCGGUUGGUGGCCCUUUGGGCCGCACCCACAGCCACAGCCCAGUAGCGAGGCCAAGGAGAUCUUCAAGGGCAUGGCCAAGGUCUUGAAAGACGCAACGCAGGCAGAUGGCGAUGGGCCAGUGGAGGUCAGCAGUGCCAGCAGUGAGCUGGCAAGGGGCGACGAACACGUCACCUCCGAAAGCUGCAGGAAGGAGUGCUAUUUGGACACUGUGGUUUUGACCUGCAAAGACUGGGUGAAAGAUUUUAGCAGGAUUGCCUUCAACCAUCAGCCGCAUUCAUGCCUCAAGGCCUACAGUCUCAUGCGAGAUCGUUGCCAAGAUGAGUGUCGGGAAUGUGGCUUCAAGGACAUCCAUUGCGUGAAUGAGGAAACCACAGAAGCUCCAGCUACCAUGGAUAUCAGACCUCCUGCAGAGCCGACUGUCGCCGCCCCUGUGGCCACUGCAGCACCAACUGCAGCCCCUACUGCAGCCCCCACUGCAGCCCCCACUGCGGCACCCACUGCGGCACCCACAGCGGCACCGGCAGCUGAUGCGGCUGGUCGCAGAGGGCCGGGCCCAGAGAGGGUCAACGAGGCGGCUGUGAGAGCCACAACUGUGGCUCCGACAUCAUCCAGAUGGGAGGUAAAUUCUCAGCUGCACGAUUGCGAUGUAGAUGCAGCCGAGUGGAUGACGAAGUGGUCCGAUGAAAAGAAAGUGUGGUGCUGCCGGAAUGCGGCGACAAAUUGUCCUCUCUAGUGGUGGUUCGUGAAGUCACACUUGUCUCGGCAGCGCCGACAGCAGCUGUCUCACAGCCAGCGGCCAAAAUAGCAUAGGCCCUGGUGUUUAGGACCCUGGGAACUCUUGACUUGAGGCACG